AUAGUGAGCGUGCCGUUCAUGAACGAUAAUUAUUCGUACGUCGUCGUGGAUUCGGAAACGCGAGAGGCGUGCGCGAUCGAUCCCGCGGAUCCCGAGGCGACGCUGGAGUGCGCGAAGAAAAUCGGCGCGCGGUUGACGACGGUGUUGACGACGCAUAAGCAUCACGAUCACGCGGGAGGGAACGGGAGGUUGGUGGCGAUGAUGGCGGAGGAGGAGAACGGUGCGGUCGCGAUGAAGGUGUACGGACACGCGCGAGAUGGGUGUCACGGGGUGAACGCGCGCGUGGAGCACGGGGACGUCGUGCGAGUCGGGCGCGGGACGCGGUUUUUGGUGACGCACGUGCCGUGUCACACGCGCGGGCACGUGGUUUAUGGAUUAUUAGGGCAGGAAUACGAAGACGAUGGCGAGACGGCGCCGUCGCUGGCGGACGUCAAGGCGAUGUUCACGGGAGACGCCAUCAUCAACGGCGGCGUCGGGGCGUUCUUCCACGGCGACGCCAAGGAUUGUUACGAAAAUCUUCACGAGCGUCUGGCCGACGUCUCGGACGAUUGCUUGGUGUUCAGCGGGCACGAGUACAUGGAGACCAACUUACGGUUCGCUAAAGCGAUCGACGUCGCGGAUGAAAUCACGGCAAAUUGCUUUUUCGCCAUUCUGUUGCACCGGCAUAAGCGCGCGAGCACGAUGCCGUCGUCGUUUCGCGUCGAGCGUCGACUCAAUCCGUUCUUCAGG